AUGGAAAGCUUAGUGUGUAACCCGGAAGAAGGCAGUGGACCAGUUCAGAAUGACGAAGGAUCAGAUGAUGAACGGCCACCAGAGUUCUUUCAAGCUGAGGAACAAGAUUCCGAGGCAGACGAAAGUGAACAAGGUGACCUGCAUAGCUAUAAGGCCCACGUGAUAGCCAAGUUUGACACACGUGUGGAAGUACACUAUGACAGCCCAGAGAUGCAGGUGCUGCUCAAGGCUUUCAAGUCGUACCAGAAAGCCUUCUGGCCUCAUACUGUUAUCUUACAUGGAAAACCAGGAGUUGGAAAGUCAGCUUUGGCCAGAAGUAUCAUUCUGGGAUGGGCACAGGGUAAACUCUACCAAGACAUGUCCUAUGCCUUCUUCUUCUCUGUUAGAGAAAUAAAAUGGACAGAGAAGAGCAGUUUGGCAGAGCUGAUUUCCAAGAAGUGGCCGUACUUGCAGGCUGCAAUGACAAAGAUCAUGUCCAAACCUGAAAGACUCUUGUUUGUCCUGGAUGGUUUUGACGAUCUGGACUUGGCCCUCCUGCAGGAUGACAUGAGGCACUCUGGAGACUGGGAGGAUGAGCAGCCCAUAUAUAUUCUGAUGUACAGCCUCCUGAUGAAGGUCCUCCUACCCCAAUCCUGUCUCAUAAUCACCACCAGAGACACGGGCCUAGAAAAGCUCAAGUCAUUGACGGUGUCCCCCCUCUACAUAUUGGUCAGAGGCCUGUCGGCAACAAGGAGGACUGAGCUACUCCUUGAGAAUAUCUCUGAUGACCAGCAAAGAAAGCACGUGGUCCGUUCUGUGAUCGAGAACGACCAGAUAUUUGACCAGUGUCAAGUCCCCUCCGUAUGCUCGCUGGUCUGUGAGGCUCUACAGCUACAGGAGAAGCUGGGAGAGAGAGGCACCCCAGUCUGUUGGACUCUUACCAGUUUGUAUGCCACCUUGGUGUUCCACCAGCUCACCCCAAGAGAGCCUUUUCGGAGUUGCCUCAGUCACAGAGAGCAGGUGGUCUUGAUGGGUCUGUGCAGCAUGGCAGCAGAGGGGGUGUGGAACAUGAGGUCGGUGUUCUAUGAUGAUGACCUGCAGAACUACGGCCUGGAGGAGGCUGCCAUCUCAGCCCUCUUUCACAUGAACAUCCUUCUCCAGGUUGACGACAGCACCAAGCAGCAUUACGUUUUCUUCCACCUCAGCCUGCAGGAUUUCUGUGCCGCCUUAUACUACCUUUUAAAGGGGCUGAAGAAAUGGAAUGGGCACUGUUUGUUUAUUGAAAACCCGAAGAGAAGCAUCAUGAAGCUGGAACGAACCAACUUCAACACUCACCUCCUUGGGAUGAAGCGUUUCUUAUUUGGCCUCAUGAACAAGGACACAAUGAGGACCCUGGAGGCCUUGCUUGGAUGUCCUGUGUCCUCUGCUGUGAAGCAGAGGCUCCAGCAUUGGGUCUUUGUACUAGGUCAGCAGGUCAGCGCCACCAGCCCAGCGGAUGUUCUGGAUGCCUUCUACUAUCUCUUUGAGUCUCAGGAUGAAGAAUUUGUUUACUGGGCUCUGAAUAGCUUCCAAGAAGUGUGGCUUCAGAUUAACCAGAAGAUGGACUUAAUGGUAUCUUCCUACUGUCUCCAGCACUGUCAGAACUUGAAGACACUCCGGGUGGAUGUCAGAGACAUUUUGUUAGUGGUUAAGAAUGUUGAGCUGUGCCCCGUUACUCUCCCGCAGACAACAUGUAAGUCCCUCAUCAUGGAGCUGUGGGAGGAUUUCUGCUCAGUACUCAGCAUGCAUCCAAGACUGAAGAAGCUGGAUCUGGGUAGCAGUGGCCUGAACGAAUGGGCCAUGAAGAUACUGUGCCUCAAACUGAGGAAUCCAGCCUGUAAUAUACAGAAUCUAAUUCUUAAGGGUGCAGAGAUAGCCGCUGGCCUUCGGUAUCUCUGGAUGACCCUCAUUGGCAAUCGGAACUUAAAAUACCUCAAUCUGGGGAAUAAACUCCUGAAGGGUGACGAUGUCAAGCUAGUCUGUGAAGCGCUGAGACACCCUAACUGCUCCCUGGAGACUUUGCGACUGGAUUCCUGCGAGCUGACCUCCGCUUCUUACAGCAUGAUCUCCGGGCUCCUUCUCUCAUCCACCAGCCUGAAGUCGCUCAGCCUGGCAAGAAAUCGGGUGACAGAAAAGAGCAUGGGGCAGCUCUGUGGGGCCUUGAGUAGCUCCAGGUGUGCACUGGAGAAGCUGAUACUGGACAGCUGUGAACUCAGCCUGGUCAGCUGCCACGGCCUGGUCUCAGCCCUUUCCGGCAACCUGACCUUGACCCACCUGUGUCUGUCCAACAACAGCCUAAGGACCGAAGGCGUGAGACUGCUGUGCCAGUUCAUGAAAGGCCCGCGGUGCGUUCUCCAGCGGCUCAUACUGAACCAGUGCGACCUCAAAGGAGACGCCUGUGGUUUCCUGGCGCUGACGCUGAUCAACAACAGAACGCUGACGCACCUGAGCCUGACCAAGAACCCAGUGGCGGAUGACGGCGUGAAGUUUCUGUGCGAGGCUAUAAAGGAGCCGACUUGUCACCUGCAAGAGCUGGAACUGGUGGAGUGCUGGCUUACCGGGGACUGCUGUGUGGAUCUGGCCAGCAUGAUCACCAUGAACCAGCACUUGAAGAGCUUGGACCUCGGCUACAACGACCUGGGUGACAACGGAGUCAUAACCCUGUGCAAGGGGCUGAAACAGAGUAACAGCUCCCUGAGGAGACUCGGGCUGGAGGCGUGUGGGCUGACUUUCGAAUGCUGUGAGGCCCUGUCGUCGACCCUCGCUUACAACCAGCACCUCACCAGCCUCAACCUGGUGAAGAACAACUUCAGUACGCCGGGGAUGUUGAAGCUGUGUUAUGCCUUCCGCCAUUUCGCCUCCAAUCUGCGUAUAAUUGGCCUGUGGAAGCAGCAGUACCAUGCCAAGGUGAGAAGGCACCUGGAGGAGUUGCAGCUCACCAGGCCCCACACAGUGAUCAAUGGUGACUGGUAUUCCUUAGACGAAGAUGACCGGAACUGGUGGAAAAACUGA